CACCCAAGGCACGAGGAUCUGCAGCCAUGCAAGGCUCCAGUAUUUCGCCUCACUCGUUUUCUCUCCUGAACAAAGUGGAAGUGCAAAAUCGCCCUCCCACCCCACCUCGUCAGCAUGAAGAGGUGCACAUCGGAUGAGCUGCAGCAGCCUGAGGAGGACUGUGCUGGGGCUGAAGAUGCCCCCAACCUGGCUGCCAUGGAUGCGAAACCUGGGGAUUGCGCGUCUGCUCUGUCAGAUACGGGCACGGCUGCUAAUCCAAACCCUGCUCCCCAUCCUGUUCCCCGGUGCAAGCCUCCUGAUUUAAAGAAAAUACAGCAGCUCUCAGAAGGCUCCAUGUUUGGCCAUGGCCUGAAGCACCUUUUCCACAGUCGCCGCAGGUCGCGGGAACGGGAGCACCAGAACUCCCAGGACUCUCUGUCGCAGCACUACGGGAUGUCUGACCACGACUCCCCUGAUGAGAAGGAACGCUCGCCAGAGAUGCACCGUGUCUCCUACGCCAUGUCCCUCCACGACCUUCCUGUACGCCCCACUGCCUUCAACAGGGUGCUGCAGCAGAUCCGCUCCCGCCCAUCCAUCAAGAGAGGGAGCAGCUUGCACAGCGGCAGCCGCCGGAGCAAAAGCAGCUCCCUUGAUCCCCAGAAAGGCAGCCCCCAUCUGGUCCGGAAGGCUCCCCAGGAUAGUAGCCUCACAGCCAUACUGCAUCAGCACCAGGGCCGGCCAAGGUCUUCAUCUGCCACAGACACCGCCAUCUUGCUGGCUGAAAGUGGGGCUGUGUACCUCCUCCCGGAGGAGUCGGAGUGCCUCGCCGACAAGGUGCAGUUGCCCAGUGGACCAGAUUGUCCCUCUGGGAGCCGUGGUUCAAAGCGGAUUCAGGAUCUCUCGUGUAAUGAUUUUGGUGGUCUCAGCUGCACACUCGGCAGACGCCACUCGCUCACACAGCAGCAUCGCCAACCCCGAAACGCACUAGUCUGGCCCUCAAAAAUCAAGAACAUGGCUUAA